GCCUUGGCGCUAUAUAAGGCGGCGCGGGAGGGAGCCGCCCCUUUCCGCGCCCCGGAGCCGCCAUGGACACGAGUCGCGUGCAGCCCAUCAAGCUGGCCCGGGUCACCAAGGUGCUGGGCCGAACCGGCUCUCAAGGGCAGUGCACUCAGGUGCGCGUGGAGUUCAUGGACGACACGAGCCGCUCCAUCAUCCGCAACGUGAAGGGGCCGGUGCGCGAGGGCGACGUCCUCACCCUGCUGGAGUCGGAGCGCGAGGCCCGGCGGCUGCGCUGAGCGGGGCCCGGGGCCUCUGCUGCUCCAGAUCGUCCGUCGGCGGAGGGAGCCUGGCGCCCAUCGCCGGAUCGCCCGUCGGGGAUGGAGCCUGGCGCAGCUCGUUCGGCCGUGGGUCGGGGGUGCGGAGGAGCGUGGCGGCCGCGUCACUGCAAUAAAGGGUUUUUCCAGUA